CUCAUCAGAUAUCUCUCUCUCUCGUAUUCUCUCUUUGAAGCCGCCUGCCCUCUGCUCAGAGAGUGGACGACGACGGUGAUUCGCCGCCCAACGAUUUGAAGAAGACGGAGACGACGACAUCUUCUCCCCUACUCGCUGACGAAGACGGCCAUCUCCUCCCUAAGUCGCCGACGGCAUCUUCAGCGACGGAAGUGACACAGCUCCCUAAGUCGACAACGGCCAUCUUCUCCAACGACGGAAGUGACACAGCUCUUCCCUCCCCAACGACGACAUAGCUCCUCCCUCGCAAACGACAGCAACUCAGCAAUGUUGAAACCAGCAUACCAAACGGCCCCGGAAUGCUCAAGACCUAAAUCAAAAUCCCUAAACAAUGGGUCGGUGAAAUCUCUUCUCUUCGAUCCCGUUGAUCUAACAAAGGGGUUAAGCAGUUUUUGGAGUGGUAAAGUGACAAGCAUUUGAUCGGAAUUUGGUGCUGGUACUCAUAAGAAGAAAUAUCAGAUAAGUAUUUGUAGUGUGUCACAAUGUCGGUGACAGCAGGUGUUAGUGAUACUGUGAUUGCUGUCAGGGAUAAGCUUAGAGGUAAAAUCGGUCAAACUAAAGUUAAGAGGUAUUGGCCUGGUAAAGCUCCUGAGUGGGCAGAUGACGCCGAAGAAGAGGGAGAUAUUAGAAUGUCCAAGGCAGCUGCCUUGGAGAAAGCUUUUCCAACACAAGAAUAUUCUGAAACUGUGAGGAAAGAUGAUCCCAGGCUGCGUCGUUUGGCUGAAAGUAGGAUAGAUAAUCGCGAGGAAGUGAGAGCUGACCAUAGGCGUAUUCGGCAAGCAGAGAUUGUUUCUACAAUUGAAGAGGAAGCCAAAAGACAGGAAGGUUUGGAUGCAGAGGAAGAUGAUGCAGAUGCUUUAGAGGAAAGAAGGCGGAGGAUUAAGGAGAGACUGCGUCAAAGGGAGCAAGAAGAAGCUCCACUUCUCCAAUCAGAAGAUGAGGAAGAAGUAGAGGAAGAGGAGGAAGAAGAGUCCGAGUAUGAGACUGAUUCAGAUGACGAGCCCACUGGUAUAGCAAUGCUUAAACCUGUCUUUGUGCCCAAGUCAGAGAGGGAUACUGUUGCAGAGCGUGAGCGUCUUGAGGCUGAAGAGCUGGCUGUUGAAGAGCUUAAGAAAAAGAAAUUGGAGGAGAGGAAAAGAGAGACGAAAAAGAUUGUGGUUGAGGAAAUCAGGAAGGAUGAAGAAAUCCAGAAGAGUUUAGAACAGGAGGCAAAUAUUGCGGAUAUUGAUACUGAUGAUGAAAUUAACGAGGCUGAAGAGUAUGAAGCUUGGAAGGUUAGGGAAAUAGCCAGGAUCAAGAGGGAUAGGGAAGAGCGCGAAGCAAUGUUAAGGGAGAAGGAAGAAAUUGAGAGGGUGAGAAACAUGACGGAGGAAGAAAGAAGAGAGUGGGAGAGGAAGAAUCCCAAAGCUCCUCCCAAGUCAAAGCAAAAGUGGAGAUUUAUGCAGAAAUAUUUCCACAAGGGAGCUUUCUUUCAAUCAGAGUCUGAUGAUCAUACUGCUACUGCUGGACCAGAUGGUAUCUACACUCGUGAUUACUCUGCUCCAACUGGAGAAGAUAAGAUGGACAAGACUAUAUUGCCUAAAGUCAUGCAGGUCAAGCAUUUCGGUCGUAGUGGAAGGACAAAAUGGACACAUCUUGUCAAUGAGGAUACUACUGACUGGAACAACCCAUGGACAUACAACGAUCCUCUUCGAGCAAAGUACAACGCGAAAAUGGCCGGAAUGAACGCACCAAUAGCUAAACCUAAAGGAAGCAAGAAAUUGAAAGACUGGGAAACUCGUUGAAAUAUAUGCAAAUGACACCUUAGACAGUUUUGUAUUUUAUUUUUACCUUUAAUAUUUAGUUAUGUUAGUUAAGCUCAUAUUGUAACAUAUAGCAAAGUUUAUUAUUGUAAUUUUCAUUGAAGGGGUUCGAACUUCCAAAUUUGCUUUUUUUUUUUAAUAUCUUGAAUUGAAAAGCAGAGCUAAAUGUACAUAUGGCUUUGAAUUCUGUCUUAGUUGGUGUCAAAUUCCUUUAUGUUA